UCUAAGUGUUUAAUAUUGAUCUUGCAGUAUUAAAUCUCUUUGAAGUUGAUACAAAAGAAAGAAAAAUUAAAAAAAAUGACUAAACUUUGAAAUGUGUUGUUAUCUUGUUUUUUUAUGUUUAAUUUUACAAGAUUGGAAACUGUUUUUGUUUGUAAAACUUGUUUUUUUAAGUGCAAUGGGUUUGCAUGGUUUUAGCAAGCAAGUCAGGUUGCUGUUCAAGCAAAUAUAACUUAGACAUGCUAUGUCAGCUUAAUUUCGAUAAGUAUGUUAUAUGGACCAAACUGAAUACAUUUCACAUGCAAUAAUUUAGUAGAUUUAAAAUGUAAUUCUGAGUAGUCUUUACUAAGUCAAGAGUACAUCUAAAGUAAGUUAUCAAGUACCUGUUACUUGAUUGUUUUAGUUGCUUAAACUCAUGUGUAAGUGUACUCUACAAAGGAAGCACUAGUUAGUACAACUUAAAAUACAUAGUUCUCUGUACUUGUCUUUUUAAGUGCAAUCAGUUUGCAUGUUUUUUUUUUUAAAGUAAUCAUAACUAAUUGGAUUUUACAGUAUAUGUUAUAUGUGCAUUUUUUUGCAGCAUCAAGAUGCCGCGAUGCUUCAUGGUGAAAGUCAGAAAGCCCUUCAGGCCGAAACGCAAAGAUGAGCCGAAGGCCGUGUUUUGCGAAGAGCAGCCACUCAACAAACACCAUUCCCCAACCUCGAGCCUCUUCAGCUGUGUCACUUGUGAAAAGGUUUAUUCAACAGCUCACGGACUUGAGGUCCAUGUUAGAAUGUCCCACAGGGGGAAUGCACUCUUCCCCUGUGGACUCUGCGAUAAAUCUUUUGGCCAUGCUGUGAGUUUGGAGCAGCACAUGAACAUCAGUGAAGCAACAUUUCAGUGA